CUGAGAUCAUACGGUGCCGUCAGUGACGCGCGCGCUCGACACCGUUUCCCUCAGAGUUGCAGUUAGCAGUGGGCUAACGGGAACAGGGCUGCCUGAGCUGCAGUUAGCAGUGGGCUAACGGGAACAGGGCUGCCUGAGCUGCAGUUAGCAGUGGGCUAACGGGAACAGGGCUGCCUGAGCUGCAGUUAGCAGUGGGCUAACGGGAACAGGGCUGCCUGAGCUGCAGUUAGCAGUGGGCUAACGGGAACAGGGCUGCCUGAGCUGCAGUUAGCAGUGGGCUAACGGGAACAGGGCUGCCUGAGCUGCAGUUAGCAGUGGGCUAACGGGAACAGGGCUGCCUGAGCUGCAGUUAGCAGUGGGCUAACGGGAACAGGGCUGCCUGAGCUGCAGUUAGCAGUGGGCUAACGGGAACAGGGCUGCCUGAGCUGCAGUUAGCAGUGGGCUAGCGGGGACAGGGCUGCCUGAGCUGCAGUUAGCAGUGGGCUAGCGGGGACAGGGCUGUCAGAGCUGCAGUUAGCAGUGGGCUAGCGGGGACAGGGCUGCCUGAGCUGCAGUUAGCAGUGGGCUAGCGGGGACAGGGCUGCCUGAGCUGCAGUUAGCAGUGGGCUAGCGGGGACAGGGCUGCCUGAGCUGCAGUUAGCAGUGGGCUAGCGGGGACAGGGCUGCCUGAGCUGCAGUUAGCAGGGACAGGGCUGUCAGAGCUGCAGUUAGCAGGGACAGGGCUGCCUGAGCUGCAGUUAGCAGUGGGCUAGCAGGGACAGGGCUGUCAGAGCUGCAGUUAGCAGGGACAGGGCUGUCUCAGGGAUUCCUGGUAAAAACAAUGUGAUUAAUAAUCUACCUUACAUGUAAAGUGUGCUAAUUUUCUCAUUUUAACACCAGGAACUUAGAGCUUAAGAAAAUAUUUUACACUUUUAACGUCUUCAUUUCAGGAAAAGCUGUUAUUAUUAUUAUUAUUAUUAUUAUUAUUAUUAUUAUUAUUUUAGCUUUAGGUCGAAAGAUGGAGUAUUCUUCUACACACAGCAGUGUUUCAAUAUCUGACCUGAGCCCGAAUAUCACACGUCCGAAUGUGGUCGGGAUUAUCAUCGGAAAGACUGAUGCAAGAGGAUUCCCUGACAGGAAAAAUGUUGGUUCAGAGCGAUUCACUUUCAGCUUCACAAUUAAAGACUCACCAGACCACUUCAUUAAUGUAUCUUCAUGGGGCACUGAAGAAUACAUUCAAGGGCUUUCCAGCCAUAUCAAAAUAGGAGACUGUGCUUCUUUUUCAGUUGUCAUUGAAAAUCCUCUUGUUGCUACUAAAGAUCCAGAGAAAGAAGACCGAUUCUGUCCUUCAACUCCAAGCCUUUAUAGAUUGUUGGUGACAGAAGCUCACUCAGCCAUAAGAAUGUGUACAGAUUUAGACACAGAGAGCCAACUUCUUUCUCUGUUCCACAUACCAGUGAAGGACUCGGGGGAUUUCUACUCAUUGGGAGACAUUACUGCAAAUGGACAAAGCCUAGAUGGGAAUUUCAUUAAUAUUCUAGCUGCUGUGCGAUCGAUUGGAGAGCCAAAGUACUUCACUACUUCAAAUGGGCGAAAAGGGCAGAAGCUGGAGAUUAAACUGUUUGAUGAAACUUUGACAUCCUUCCCUUUCAUAUGCUGGGAUCGAGAAACAAUUCAGUUUGCGCAGACCCUGCCACCACGUGAGACAGUGCUCUUUAUAGUGGAUGCUCGCAUCAGCUUUGAUACUUUUCGUAACUGUAUGGUGGCAACAGCUACUUCAAAAACAAUCAUUACUAUGAACCCUGAUACAUUAGAAGCCAACCAGCUCUUCAGUUAUGCCAAAGAAUUGUCAGAAAGUGAACAGCUGGAUGAGCCAGAUAUAGAAGUGAAUGUUAAUGUUCCCUUGGAUUCCAUUAGUGAUGUACUGACAGUCAGUCAAGUUAAAGCCAGAGCCCAAAAAAGGUCUGAUGCCUUUUACGGUGUGAUCUAUGGGUUCAUCACAACUUUAGGAUUGGAUUCCUGCAUUACUAAAGUCAUUCGCAGCAGGUGUGACAGAUGCAAAUUUCGUGUCUGUGAGGAGAUUGAGGUCUGCACUAACACAGCUUGUCCAAAACAAGGAGAAGCAGGUGAAGUCACUGCAGCCUUUGAUCUGCUGGUGGAUAUCAGUGAUCAUACAGGAACUCUGCAGGGCUGCAACCUGUCAGGCACAGUCGCUGAGAAAACACUGGGCUGUACUUCCAAGGAAUUUGUGUGUCUCCCAGAGUCAAACCGGACAACCAUGAAGUGGAGGUUUCUGUUGGAAAGAUGCAAAAUUUAUGUAAAGGUGUUAACAUCAGCAAAAAGCAGAACUGGCAUGAGGACAAGCAUCCUGUCUUGUACCCUUGCCGAUCCAGUGGAAGUGAAGCACAGCAUGUCUGCCUUGACCAGCUGAAUACUAGUGGGCUCACCAGUUAUUAUACACACAUGAGAUCAAACAGUGUUAGAUAAAUAAGUCAAGCAAGGUUAAUAUUCGAUCUGAAACAAAUGUUCUUGACUUGGAAAAUUGCUUGGUUUGGUUAUUUGUGUUUGUGUAUUAAAUGUUCUGAA